AUGGGAAAAUGUGACGAAGCUAAUGUCGAAGUUAGUAUGGGGGACUCGGCGUCCCCCAUGAAACCUGAUAAUUUCACCUUCACCGUACCUCCAGAGGCACCUGUCUUCGAGCCUACGCCUGAAGAGUUCCUGGACCCUUUGGCUUACAUUAGUAAAAUAAGGCCAAUCGCGGAGAAGUCAGGCAUUUGUAAGAUCAAACCCCCUGCACAUUGGCAGCCACCAUUUGCUGUUGAUGUUGACAGGCUAAGGUUCACGCCAAGAAUACAGCGAUUAAACGAGUUAGAGGCGAUAACGCGAGUGAAGCUGAACUUCUUGGACCAGAUAAUCAAGUUCUGGGAGCUACAGGGCUCCGUCCUCAAGAUUCCAACCGUCGAGAGGAAGCCCCUGGACCUGUAUUCAUUGCAUAAAAUUGUCAGAGAAGCAGGUGGUUUCGAGGUGUGCUCGGCGGAGAGGAAAUGGUCGAAGAUCGCCCGCCGCAUGGGCCAUCCCCAGGGCAAGGGCAUCGGCUCGAUCCUCAAGAGCCACUACGAGCGGAUCCUGUACCCCUACGACGUGUUCAAGAGCAGCGGCGCCGUGGGAGACAGCAAGGAGACGAAGAUCGAGGUGAAGCGCGAACGCACCCCGGAGAAGGCGCGCAGCCGGUCCGCGAGCAAGGGCCCGCCCGCGGCCGCCACGCCGCCGCCCGCGCCGCGCCGCUACAAGAGCUCGGAGCCCGAGCCGGCGGCGGAGGGCAGCCGCACGGAGGGCGCGCUGCCGCUGGCGCCGCCGCCGGCCGCCGAGCGCUCGCUGCGCACGCCCGUCAAGGACGAGGCGGCCGAGACGCGCCGCAGCCCGCGCGAGAACAAGUGGAUGGCGGGCGCGGCCAGCUGCGGCGGCCACGGCCACGGCCGCUCGCGCCGCCUGCAGGAGCACCGGCUCAGCAACAUGACGGUGUCGGUCACGCCGGCGCCCGCGCCCCAGCCGCCGCUCGCCCCCCACAACCCACACGACGCCCGCAACGCCCACAACCCUCACAACGCCGACGACCCGUUGGCCAAGUACAUGUGCCACGUGUGCGGGCGCGGUGACGUGGAGGAGCAGAUGCUGCUCUGCGACGGCUGCGACGACUCCUACCACACCUUCUGCCUGGUGCCGCCCCUGGCUGACGUGCCGAAGGGCGACUGGCGGUGCCCGGUCUGCCUUGCGGAGGAGGUAUCAAAACCGACCGAGGCGUUCGGCUUUGAGCAGGCGACGCGCGAAUACACUCUUCAGCAGUUUGGUGAAAUGGCCGAUCAAUUCAAGUCCGACUACUUCAAUAUGCCUGUUCACAUGGUACCAACAUCGACAGUAGAGCGAGAGUUUUGGCGCGUUGUUUCUUCAAUCGACGAAGACGUAACUGUUGAGUAUGGAGCGGACCUGCAUUCGAUGGACCAUGGAUCUGGUUUUCCUACAAAAAUGAGCGCACACCUUUACCCUGGUGAGCAACAGUAUGCAGAAUCCAGUUGGAACCUUAAUAAUCUGCCUGUACUGGAGGGCUCAGUUUUGGGACAUAUCAAUGCUGACAUAUCUGGGAUGAAGAUCCCGUGGCUGUAUGUGGGCAUGUGCUUUGCAACAUUCUGCUGGCACAACGAGGACCACUGGAGCUACUCGAUCAACUACCUGCACUGGGGCGAGCCCAAGACUUGGUACGGCGUGCCCGGCUCCAAGGCGGAGCAGUUCGAGGCGGCCAUGAAGGCCGAGGCGCCCGAGCUGUUCCAGCUGCAGCCGGACCUGCUGCACCAGCUCGUCACCAUCAUGAACCCCAACAUCCUCAUGAAGGCCGGUGUGCCAGUCUACAGGACCGACCAACACGCGGGCGAGUUCGUGAUCACGUUCCCGCGCGCCUACCACGCUGGCUUCAAUCAGGGCUACAACUUUGCUGAGGCUGUCAACUUCACCCCUGCCGACUGGCUGAAGCCGGGGCGCGAGUGCAUCGCGCACUACUCGACGCUGCGGCGGCCGUGCGUGUUCUCGCACGACGAGCUGGUCUGCAAGAUGGCGCUGCGGGCCGACGCGCUCGGCGCCACCGAGGCGCUGGCCGCGCACCGCGACAUGCGCGCCAUGCUGCACGAGGAGCGCAAGCUGCGCAAGGCGCUGCUCGACUGGGGCGUGACGGAGGCGGAGCGCGAGGCGUUCGAGCUGCUGCCGGACGACGAGCGCCAGUGCCAGCUCUGCAAGACCACCUGCUUCCUCUCGUGCGUCACGUGCAGCUGCACGCCGCACGUGGCCUGCCUGCGCCACUACCGCCACCUCUGCGCCUGCCCGCCGGCCGACCACAAGCUCAGGUAUCGCUACACUCUGGAUGAGCUCCCGGCCAUGUUGGAGAAGCUAAAGAAGAAAUCGGAAUUAUUCCGAGAGUGGGCCGAGGCGGUGCAAAACGCACUCGACCCGGACACGCCCAAGACCUGCGACCUGGACGGGCUGCGUGCCCAUCUGAGACGAGCCCACGAACUGAAGAUGCACAAAACGGAGCUCGUGCGUGCGUUGGAGACGGCAAUAGAGGACGCGGAGAAGUGCGCGUCGGUGAUACAGCAGUUGGACCUGAACAAAAUGCGAACCCGCACCCGCCACCACGACCCCAAGUACCGGCUGACCAUCCACGAGCUGACGCUGUUCGCGCAGGAGAUCGACGGCCUGGCCUGCGUGCUGCCCGAGGGGUCAGCGGUGAAGGAAGUGCUGAGGCAGACUGAGGAGUUCGAGGAUCGGGCCACGGAGCAACUCAGCAAAGACCUGGAGGAGAUAGAUGCGGCAGGCAUACGGGAACUCGAGGAGGUGGUGGAGCUGGGGUCGCGGCUGUGCAUCGUGCUGCCGCAGCUGGGCGGCGCGGCGGCGCGGCUGCAGCAGGCGCGCUGGCUCGAGGAGGCGCGCUCGCUGCGCGCGGACUGCGGCGCGCUCACGCCGCCCGCGCUCGAGCGGCUGCUGGCAGAGGCGGACGCGCUGCCGCCGCACCGCCGCAUCGAGCGGGAGCGCGCCGAGCUGAUGGCCCUGCGAGCGCAAGUGGAGGAGUGGGAGCGGCGCGCGCAGGCGGCGCUGGUGGACGGGCGCGAGCCCUCGGAGGAGGGCCAGCACACGAGCCUGGCCGAGCUGGAGGCCUUGUUGGCGGACGGCGACGAGAUCGAGGCGGCGCUGCCCACGCACCACGCGCUGCACCAGGCGGUGGCCCACGCGAGGGACUGGCUCGCCAAGGUGGAAGAGAUGCAAUCGAAAGACCUGUAUCCGUACAUGCACAGUGUAGAGAAUUUGGUGAAACGCGGACAACAGAUACCUUUAGCGCUCUUCGAGAAGGACCAACUGGCCGCUGCGCUGCAAUCGGCCAGGGAGUGGAAGAGGGGCGCUGCGGAAAUGUUCCUUAAGAAGAAGUGGGCGGGGAGCCUGCUGGAGGCGCUGUCGCCGCGCUGCGAGGGCGGUGGCGUCGGUGGCGGGGGCGGAGGGGCGGCGGGCAAGAGGCGGCAGCGCGACGCCGCGGCCGAGGCGCCCGCCUUCCUGCACCACUUCAGCGAGGACGCCACGCCCACCGAGAUCGUGGCCGCCUUCAAGCAGGCCGAGCAGCAAGAGCUCGCCGCCGUCAAGGAGCUCAGGGCUCGGAACAUGCGGAAAGAUGUUCGCGCGCCGCCCACCGCCGGCGUGACGUUCUGCCUGUGCCAGAAACGCCAGUACGGCGUGAUGUCGCAGUGCGAACUGUGCAAGGACUGGUUUCACGCGGCGUGCGUGGCCGGCGCGCGCGAGGAGGCGGAGCAGCGCGAGGGGGCGGACGGGGCGGGGCGGUGGGGGCGGACGGGGCGGAGGGGGCGGAGUCGCCGGGGCGCGGCGAGCUGCCGUACGCGGGCGCCGAGCGCAAGUUCCUCUGCCCCGCCUGCACGCGCACCAAGCGCCCGCGCCUGCACCGCAUCCUGGCCCUGCUGGUGUGGCUGCAGAAGCUACCAGUGCGAC